AUGGAUCGUUCAAUUUUCACUGUUGGUCAAGGACGUCAAUGUGACUUGUGGCUGAGAGAUCCAUCCAUUAGUAAAACCCUUUGUAGUCUGAAGCACAUAGAUUCGGAGAGAGGAGGUACAUCUGUCACUUUACUUGAAAUUACUGGGGGAAAAGGUGCUGUCCAAGUAAACGGCAAGGUUUAUCCUAAAAACUCCACUGUACCACUGAGUGAGGGUGAUGAGGUGGUCUUUAGUUUAUCUGGAAAACAUGCUUAUAUCUUCCAGCAAGUUGCCAAUGAGAACUUAGCUGCUUCUGGCACGCCGCCUUCAGUAAGCAUAUUAGAAACCCAUAAUGGUCCAGUUGAAGGAUUACAUCUUGAGGCAAGAUCAGGAGAUCCCUCUACUGUUGCAGUAGCAUCAACAUUGGCAUCAUUGUCAAAUCUUCAAAAUAAGCUGUCCCUUAGUCCUCCAUCUUCUGGAAAUGCCGAGGAUGCGCAACAAGGUUCUGAGAUGGCUGUACUACCUUCUGCUUGUGAAAUGUCAGAUAAUCAUGUUGGGGAUGCUGACAUGAAGGACACUUCUGAUCACAAUGACAGAUUGGGUGUUUCAUUGAGUGAGAAGGCUGUUACUCCUUCUUUGGAUGCUGCUAAUGAAAACUUGAAUCUUGAUAGCAUUGGACUGGAUGCUUCUGUUGUUGCAAAAUUUGGAAAAGUACCAGGGGCAACUCAUGAGUUGAGGCCUCUUCUGCGGAUGCUUGCAGGAUCAUCUGUUCCCGAUUUUGAUUUGAGUGGUAGCAUUUCUAAAAUUCUUGAUGAACCAAAGGAAGCCAGAGAAUUGAAGGAUUUUAAUCCUUCAGUUUUGACGUCAACAAGGUGCCAAGCUUUUAAAGAUGGGUUAACACAAGGAAUACUAGAUGCCAACAGCAUUGAUGUUUCAUUUGAAAACUUUCCGUAUUAUCUAAGUGAGGUUACAAAGAAUGUUCUGAUUGCUUCGACAUACAUCCAUUUGAUGCGGCAUAAAUUUGCGAAGUACACCUUGGAUCUCCCUACCGUAUGCCCAAGAAUAUUAUUGUCUGGUCCUGCAGGUUCGGAAAUAUAUCAGGAAACAUUGACCAAGGCGCUUGCCAAACAUUUUGGUGCUAGGCUUCUCAUUGUAGAUUCCCUUUUGUUUCCUGGUGGGUCAAUACCUAAGGAACUUGAUCCUGCAAAAGAAAGUUCAAGGCCUGAAAGAGCAAGUGUUUUUGCGAAACGUGCUGCACAGGCGGCUGCAUUACAUCUAAAGAAACCAGCUUCAAGUGUUGAGGCUGAUAUAACUGGUGGAUCUACCAUAAGCUCUUUGGUUCAGCCUAAGCAGGAGGCAUCUACAGCAUCAUCAAAAAACUACACUUUCAAGAAAGGUGAUAGAGUGAAAUACGUGGGUUCUUUACAAUGUGGGUUUUCUCCUCUGCAAAGCGCUUUGAGGGGACCUACUUAUGGAUGUAGAGGUAAAGUGCUUCUUGCAUUUGAAGAAAAUGCCUUUUCUAAAAUUGGGGUUAGAUUUGAUAGAUCAAUUCCUGAAGGCAAUAAUCUUGGGGGACUUUGUGAGGAAGAUCACGGUUUCUUUUGUGCUGCCGAUCUACUCCGCCUUGAUUGUUCCACUGGUGAUGAUAUUGACAAGCUUGCCAUUAAUGAACUCUUUGAGGUUGCUUCAAACGAAAGUAAAAUUAGUCCGUUAAUUUUGUUUCUUAAAGACAUUGAGAAGUCUAUGGUGGGGAAUCCGGAGACAUAUGCAGCUUUUAAGAUUAGGCUUGAAAAUUUACCAGAAAAUGUUGUUGUAACUGCUUCCCAUACGCAGUUGGACAGUAGGAAGGAAAAAUCUCAUCCUGGUGGACUUCUGUUUACGAAGUUUGGAAGCAACCAGACAGCAUUGCUCGACCUCGCUUUCCCUGAUAGCUUUAGUAGAUUGCAAGAUAAAAGCAAAGAAACCCCCAAAACAAUGAAGCAACUCACCCGCCUCUUCCCAAAUAAAGUGGCUAUCCAGUUGCCUCAGGAUGAAACACUACUUUCAGACUGGAAAGAACAUUUGGAUCGCGAUAUUGAGACGCUGAAAUCGCAAGCAAAUAUUGUCAGCCUUCGCUCUGUUUUGAAUAGAAAUGGGCUUGAUUGCCCCGACCUUGAAUUGGUAUGCAUAAAAGAUCAAGCCUUGACGAGUGAAAGCGUCGAGAAAAUAGUUGGAUGGGCUUUAAGUCAUCACUUUAUGCAUUGGUCUGAAGCUUUGGUUAACGACGCUAAACUUGCAAUUUCCGGUGAAAGUAUUAGGUAUGGGCUCGACAUUCUCCAGGGCAUGCAAAAUGAGACCAAGAGUUUGAAAAAGUCACUCAAGGAUGUGGUUACGGAGAAUGAAUUUGAGAAGAAACUUCUUUCGGAUGUCAUUCCACCCAGUGAUAUUGGUGUUACUUUUGAUGACAUUGGAGCCUUAGAAAAUGUGAAGGAUACUUUGAAAGAAUUGGUGAUGCUACCUCUUCAAAGGCCAGAAUUAUUUUGUAAAGGACAGUUGACAAAGCCUUGCAAGGGAAUAUUGCUCUUUGGACCUCCUGGUACGGGUAAAACGAUGCUUGCGAAAGCUGUUGCAACUGAGGCCGGCGCAAACUUUAUUAACAUAUCAAUGUCAAGCAUCACUUCAAAGUGGUUUGGUGAAGGAGAAAAAUAUGUCAAAGCAGUCUUCUCACUGGCUAGUAAAAUAGCUCCUAGUGUCGUUUUUGUGGAUGAGGUUGAUAGCAUGUUAGGAAGGCGGGAAAAUCCUGGAGAACAUGAAGCAAUGCGUAAAAUGAAAAAUGAAUUCAUGGUUAACUGGGAUGGCCUACGCACAAAGGAUAAGGAGCGUGUACUUGUUCUUGCUGCAACGAAUAGGCCUUUUGACCUUGAUGAGGCUGUUAUUAGGAGGCUUCCCCGGAGAUUGAUGGUAAACUUGCCAGAUGCUAUAAACAGAUUAAAAAUUUUAAAUGUUAUACUUGCUAAAGAAGAUCUGGCACCUAAUGUAGAUCUUGAAGCUGUAGCUAGUAUGACAGAAGGGUAUUCAGGAAGCGAUUUGAAGAAUCUCUGUGUGACAGCUGCCCACUGCCCCAUAAGAGAAAUUUUGGGGAAGGAAAAGAAGGAGAAAGGUUUGGCAUUGACAGAGAACAGACCAUUGCCUGCAUUGCAUACCAGUGCAGACAUUCGCCCUCUGAGUUUGGAUGAUUUUAAAUACGCACAUGAACAGGUAUGUGCAAGUGUGUCAUCAGAGUCUGCAAAUAUGAAUGAGCUCUUUCAGUGGAAUGAACUAUAUGGAGAAGGUGGUUCAAGGAAGAGGAAAUCCCUCAGCUACUUCAUGUAAUCAAGUGUGUACAAUUCCCUUAUUUAGUUUUUUUGCCUUUUCCACCAUUAAAUUAUAAUAGCCAAUAUUGGGGACCUGCUUUCAUGGGAAUUCCAUCGCAGGCUCCUCUCACACCCAACCCCCCCCCCCCCCCCCC